AUGGUAUUCCAGCUACCUGCUUAUGCUGAGGCGCUAGAGCUGGGUGUCACUGGUGUGGAGGCGCUGGGAGUCGAGAGGGGGGGCACUAGUGAGGCGCUGGAUGCAGAUGAGAUGGGCGCCGGUCUGGGUGAGCAGGCUAUUCAUGCAAAGGACUUCACGUGGGAUACUUGUUCUACUGUUUGGGCAAGGGACUUUGCGAGGGAGAUGCGAGUCGUUGACUAG